GCUUGUAUCCCUCCGCCAGCAGAGGAAAUGCUCCUUGACCAAUCACAUCUGUGUUUACACCAUCACCUGUCAAACAUACACCCUCUGCUACAUUUUCUCUCUGAAAGGAGCUGAAACACACACUCACACUGAAGCGCCUACGGUAGCCGCUAACUGGACGGACUCUCUGGCAAUCGACCUUUUGCAGUGGAAAAGUGGAAUAAGUCUUGAACCAUGAGCUCAGUGGCAGUGUUGACACCGGAGAGCUUUGCAGAGCAUCGCAGUGGCCUGAAGGACCAGGAGAUUACAGGCUGCGUCCCGGAGGAUGAGGCCUACAUCCCCACCUACCUGGAGGCCUUCCCCCCGCUGCCGGAGAAGGGGGCACCGGGGGACAAGGCGGGGGAGCCGACUUCAGCGUGGGGGAGCAAGAUCAGGCCCAUCAAAGCCUCCGUCAUCACCCAGGUGUUCCACGUGCCCCUGGAGGAGCGUCGCUACAAGGACAACAGCCAGUUCGGCGAGGGCGAGGAGGCCAAAGUGUGUCUGGACAUCAUGCAGAGGACGGGGGCCCACAUCGAGCUGUCCCUUGCCAAAGACCAAGGCCUGUCCAUCAUGGUCACCGGCAAACUGGACUCUGUGAUGAAGGCUCGCAAGGAGAUCGUCGCUCGGCUGCAGACUCAGGCCUCAGCUACCGUCGCCAUCCCCAAGGAGCACCAUCGUUUUGUCAUCGGUAAGAACGGAGAGAAGCUGCAGGAGCUGGAGCUGAAGACCGCCACCAAGAUCGCUAUUCCACGACCCGACGACCCGAGCGCCAACAUCCGCAUCACCGGCACCAAGGAGGGCAUCGAGAAGGCUCGCCAUGAGAUCCUUCUGAUCUCUGCGGAACAGGACAAGCGUGCCGUGGAGCGUCUGUCCCUGGAGAAGGCCUUCCACCCCUUCAUCGCCGGCGCCCAUAACCGGCUGGUGCAGGAGCUGAGCCAAGAGACGGGCGCCCGCAUCAGCAUCCCGCCGCCGAGCCUUCCAAAGGACGAGAUCGUCAUCACGGGGGAGAAGGAGGCCGUGGCGAUGGCGCUCAGCCGCAUACGAGCCAUCUACGAUGACAAGAAGAGGAAGACCACCACCAUCUCCGUGGAGGUGAAGAAGUCUCAGCAUAAGUACAUCAUCGGUCCCAAGGGAAACACCCUGCAGGAGAUCCUGGAGACCACGGGGGUGUCUGUGGAGAUGCCUCCUCUGGACUCCAGCUCAGAGACCAUCAUCCUCAGGGGGGAGCCUGACAAGCUGGGGCCGGCGCUCACACAGGUUUACGCAAAGGCUAAGAGUGUGAUGGUGGUGGAGGUGACCGCUCCGGCCUGGCUGCAUCGCUUCAUCAUCGGGAAGAAAGGGCAGAACAUCGGACGGAUCACACAGCAGCUUCCCCGGGUUCACAUCGAGUUCACGGACGGUGAGGAGCGCAUCAGUCUGGAGGGGCCGACAGAGGAAGUGGAGCAGGCUCAGGCGCAGAUACAAGAGAUCAUCAAGGACCUGCUGGUGAGGAUGGACUACACUGAAGUCAUCAUCGACCAGCGUUUCCACAGACACCUCAUCGGAAAGAACGGAGCCAACAUUAAUCGGAUCAAGGAGCAGUACAAAGUUUCAGUACGAAUCCCACAGGACUCUGAGCGCAGCGGUCUGGUCCGGAUCGAGGGAGACCCUAAAGGAGUCCAGCUGGCACGCAGAGAGCUCAUUGAGAUGGUCCAGAGAAUGGAAAACGAGCGCACCAAAGACCUGAUCGUGGAGCACAAGUUUCAUCGGACAAUCAUCGGACAAAAAGGAGAAAAGAUCAAAGAAGUCCGGGACAAGUUCCCAGAGGUUAUUAUCAAUUUCCCCGACCCGGCACAGAAGAGUGACAUCGUGCAGCUGAGAGGACCGAAGAACGAGGUGGAGAAAUGUGCAAAGUUCCUCCAGAAGAUCAUCGCUGACCUGAUCGAGAACAGUUUCUCCCUCUCUGUUCCGAUCUUCAAGCAGUUUCAUAAAAACAUCAUUGGAAAAGGCGGCACCAACAUCAAAAAGAUCCGUGAAGAGACCAACACUAAGAUCGACCUGCCGACAGAGAACAGUAACUCUGAGAUGAUCGUCAUCACAGGCAAGAAGAGCAACUGUGAGGCGGCUAAAGACCGAAUCCUCGCCAUCCAGAGAGAACUGGCCAACAUUAAGGAGGCGGAGGUCACCAUCUCCUCCAAGCUUCAUAACUCCCUGAUCGGCUCCAAGGGCUGCCUCGUGCGCUCCAUCAUGGAGGACUGCGGCGGCGUCCACAUCCAUUUCCCCUCCGAGGGAUCCGGCUCGGACAAGGUCACCAUCAGAGGUCCUGCUGGAGAGGUGGAGAAGGCCAAGAAACAACUGCUGCAGCUCGCCGAGGAGAAGCAAGUCAACAACUUCACGGCUGAGCUCCAGGCCAAACCGGAGUACCAUAAGUUCCUGAUCGGCCGCGGCGGGGCAAAUAUUCGCCGCGUUCGGGACAAAACGGGGGCUCGCAUCAUUUUCCCGUCGCCGGAUGACAACGAGCAGGAGCUGAUCACCAUCGUAGGGAAGGAGGAAGCUGUCCGUCAGGCGCAGAAGGAGCUGGAAAGUCUUGUUAAAAACCUGGACGACGUGGUGGAGGACAGCAUGGUCGUGGACGUUCGCCACCACCGCCACUUCGUGUGUCGGAGAGGUCAGGUGCUGCGGGAGCUCGCCGAGGAGUACGGCGGUGUCGCUGUGAGCUUCCCUCGCACGGGGGCGAACAGCCAGCGGGUCACUCUGAAGGGAGCGAAGGACUGCGUGGACGCUGCCAAGAAACGCAUCCAGGAGAUCAUCGAGGACCUGGAGUCCCAGGUGAGCAUGGAGGUGGCGAUCCCUCAGCGCUUCCACCGUGCCAUCAUGGGGCCUAAAGGCUUUCGCAUCCAGCACAUCACCCGGGAGCACGAGGUCCAGAUCAAGUUCCCUGAGAGGGAGGACAGCACUGCAGGUCAGGAGGCUCCGUCACAGGAAAACGGUGAGGUCGGUCCAGAGGCCGAGUUCAUCCCCCGCAAAUGUGACAUCAUCACCAUCUCUGGGCGUGCAGAGAAAUGUGAACUGGCUAAAGCCGCCCUGCUGGCACUGGUGCCGAUAACGGAGGAUGUGGAAGUGUCCUAUGAGCUGCAUCGCUACAUCAUUGGACAGAAGGGCAGCGGGAUCAGGAAGAUGAUGGAGGAGUACGAGGUGAACAUCUGGGUGCCACAGCCAGAGAAGCAGCUGGACGUGAUCAAGGUGACGGGCCUGGUCGCUAAUGUGGAGCGAGCAAAGCAGGGUCUGCUGGAGAGGGUGAAGGAACUUCAGGCUGAGCAGGAGGACAGGGCUCUGAGAAGCUUCAAGGUCACAAUGUCUGUAGAUCCAAAGUUUCAUCCCAAGAUCAUCGGCCGCAAGGGAGCAGUCAUCUCUCAGAUCAGGAAGGACCACGACGUCAGCAUCCAGUUCCCUGACAAAGGAGACGAGCAGCAGGAUCUGAUCGUGAUCUCGGGGUAUGAGCGUAACGUGGAGGAGGCGCGUCAGGCCAUCCAACAGCUGGUGGCCGAGCUGCAGGAGAUGGUGAGCCAAGACGUUCACCUGGACCCGAGGACGCACGCCCGCAUCAUCGGAGCCCGAGGAAAAGCCAUCCGCAAGCUGAUGGAGGAGUUCAAGGUGGAUAUCCGGUUCCCUCAGCCCGGCUCUGAUGAGCCCGACAAAGUGACGGUUACAGGUCUUCCAGAGACUGUCGACAACGCGAUUGACCACCUACUCAACCUGGAGGAGGAAUACAUGCUCAGUGUGACGGAGACGGAGACCUUGGCGGCAUACAUGAAGCCUCCGUCUCGAUAUGGAGGAGGAGGCGGAGCUGGGGGACUGGAUGAUAGCAGCGGGGGUCCAGCUAAGGGCUUUGUGGUUCGAGACGCACCCUGGAACGCGUCAGGGAACAAGGCUCCUGACAUGAGCAGCGCUGAGGACUUCCCAACCUUCGGGACAGGCGUGGCGCCGAAGCAAGCGUCCGCCUGGGGUCCCAAAAAAUUCUGAAGCUGCUCUUCUGAAGGAAAAAAAAAAAAAAAAAACUUCUGUAAAGUAGAUGAUGAGAGAUGAAACAAAUCUCUUAAUCAAAUUGCUGCUCGCCUUCCUCCCUCCUCCUCUUCUUGUUAGUGACCUUCCCUCACCUCUCCCUGUAAACCCCUUUGUACCGUCCUCCCAAAACCAGCCGCAAUGAAUUCUGGGAGAAGAAUCCCUUUUUUUUUUGUCUCUUCUGUCUUACCUCCUUGUCCCUCCUCCUCAAUUUUGGAGAGAAAAAAAAUGAACAUUUGAAUGCUCUCUUUAUAGUCCUGCUGUCCCGCUCUGCCUCUUUUUUGCACCGACACUUGCUGGUGGUCUCGAUGACAUUUUUUAAAAAUCUGUCUCCCAUUUUUCACCAUUGACUGCUAAACUCUCCACAAAACAAUCAAACUACCACCUCACUGCAAUACAUAAGAAGUAAGAUUGUUAUACAAGUCGUAAAGGAGGGAGUGUACACGCUACGAUGGAUGAAGUGUGGAUUUUUAAAACAGAAAAUGAGGGAGUUUUAAUGUGAAAGAAAAGUUUUUAAACAUUUCAUCUUUUAAUGCUCUGUCCCUGUGGUUUUUACAUGGAGGUUUCUUAUUGGCUCAUCUUUCGGGUCAACAAUGUGGGGCAGCAGAUGGGGCAAUGAGCUGUGUGUGUGUGUGUGUGUGAGAGAGAGAGAGAGAGAGUGCAUUUGUGGGUUCAGGAGAGGUUUUUCACCCACAAUUGUCUGUAAACCCCUCUUCCCCCUUCAAAUUUCGUUUGGAGCUGGGAGCUAAAAACAGCUGCUGUAGUCGACUAUCUGGACGUUUUCUUUUUUUUUUAUUAUUGUAAUGAAGCAAAAGACGUGGAAGUUAGUUUGUAAAGAAGGUUGUUUAACUAUUUAUUUUGAAAAGGAGCCAUUUUCUUUGAACUACUGUGACCAUGCAUUUUUAUAAAAGCACCCACUGUAGCUUGAUGCUUUAGUUUGGGAGUGAAUGCUGUUUGUCGGGGUUUGGGAACAUGUCAACAGUUGUUAUGUGUAAGUGUACAAAGAACUUUUCGCUAUUUUUUUAAAACUGUGUCAGAUUCUUUUUUUGUUGUUGUUGGUUUCAGGCAUAUUUGGAAGAUUGUGUGUGUGUGUGUGUGUGUGUGUGCGUGCAGAAGUUAAGCUGUAUAUUUGAAUGAAGCUGAACCAAACUUUGACACCGCCUUUGUCCAUUUGUCUCUCAAGAGCUCAUUCAGAGGGUUUUUUCCUCUCAGCCUGAUGUAACAUUCGAUUAUUUUUCUGUCAACAAUCACACACUGCUGCUUAAAGUUUGACCUCCCGUCCCAAAAAAAAACAUACUCGGUAUCAAGUGAUGCACUUUAGUUUUUUUUCUGGUAUAUGUGUUCAUGUUAUUUAGUGAUAUGUUGUAGCAAACGCCUAUUUGUUAAUUUUCGCAGUUCUGACUUUUUCUUUUUUUUAGAUGUAUUAUUUGGGCUUUUAUGCCUUUCUGAAGUAGAUAGGAGAGUGGAUAGAGUGGUUGACCUUGGGGGGAGAGAGAGUGAGGAAUGAAGUGGAAAAGGGACCAAGGGUAGGAAUCAAACAUGCCGCACUGCUUUGAGGACUUCAACCUCUGUAGAUUGGAUGCACGACCUAACCGCUAAUCCAACCAGCGCUGCCCCGGUUCUGGGACUAAAAGCCUCACGAGUCCGGUUGAUAAACUGCACAUCUAGAUUUCAGUCAUUUUAAUUAAAGCUUCCUCGUGCCUGGAUUCUUAAAGAAAAGGUUUCAUGGGGAUUAAAAGCACUAUUUUAUUUGUAGAAGAAAUGUUGAUCACUUUUUAGUCUGUACUUUUUAGCAAUGGGCUGGAGUCAGGAGGUAAUUGGCUCAUCUUAACUUAAAGAUUGGAAACCUGUCUUGACGUAUUGAUUUCUAUUUACGAUUAUCCAUAAAAAUGAAAGACUGGAUCUGUAGGUGCAAGUCUGGAUUUAGGUAUCAGAAAUGUCCUGCUUGUAGUACGAGUAGCUUUUCAGCCGGUUUGAACUGUAUGUAGAAAACAUGAUCCACCUCAAAGCAUACCAGAACCCAUCUGCAGUCAUAUUAUGAUUUAGCUUUAAAUAGUCAUUUUUUAACAAGCUGCUUUUUGAAUUGUAAAGAAAAGCUAAGCGUUGGCUAGCUACACCAGACGCCCCAAAAAGUUAGCCAGUGCUUCUAGAAGCUAUUUUAUGGUUUGACGAUAGCCAAAUAUUUCUGAGAUAGAUACCUAUUCAACUUUCAUAUUAAUAAUUUACUAGGAUUUAGCUACAUGCUGCAACUAUUAGAUCGACUUGUAUGGCUAACCCUUGUAAAAAUGAUCCACCAACAUGGGAUGCUGCGUUGAAGAGCUAGGCUUGGCUACAGCUAACCAUCGACAACAAAUUAUCUUCUUGUGAUUUUCAUGUACAGAUAAAACAAACAAGCUCCUCAAAAAGCUCUUGUGUGAGCUUUAGGGUUGCCAUUGGAUGUAUUUCUAAAUUCAAACAAAGCUAAGCUAGCUGUUUUACUAGCCACAUUUACAUAACUUUAGCACUCUAUACUUUAUUUAGCCACAUAGCUCUUUCUGGUUUUAAGCUAACCACCUCCUGACUCUGAGCUCUGUUCAGACAAUAUCUCUGAGAGAAGAAAUGUUUCUCAAAAUGUUAAAAUAAGGACUCAAGGACGAGCUUGGGACUAGAUUGACAGCUCUAAAUAAAGGGGAGAUUCAAAUAAAACUCAGGGUCAAAUUAAAAAAUCCAAACUGGUGCGAAAUUACUCUUUAGAGAUGGCGACGGAUUAGAAAACCAAACCAACUAUGCAACCCAACAGCAGAUCUGUCACUUAUGUAUUUGAAUUAGUCUCAUUAUGAGUUUGUGAGAAAGACAAACCAGUAGGUUGUCAAUUUUUUUAGUUGUUGAACUUUUGGCUAGUUGUGUGUCUUGUGCUGUUUCAGUGUGUGUCUGUAUUUCCAUGGCAGGAAAGAGCUGCCCUUGAAGCAGCCACCAUUUCUGUAAAAGCUAUGAAAACGACUCACUAUUGGCCUUAAUGAGUAAUUAGUCUACAGCAUUUUGAAAAAAAAGGUGUGAUUGACUGAGUUUGCAACACUGCAAUAACAUGUCAGUGACCAGACGUUUUUCCUACUCUAAAUAAAAUUGGAAAAAAGAAAAGGAACCAAAAGCAACAGUAGAAUUUGUCUUCUUCUUCAUGGCACUUUUUCUUUUUUACAGCCCAUAUCACCAUAAAAACCCACCAUGUAUCCAUCCUUCUGUGCAUACUGUCUGUCAAUUUAUUUUCAUUUUUUAUAAAUCAGGAAGAUAUGAUUUGUUAUGUAACAGCCUGUACAACGCAACAUACAGAACAAAAAAAAAAGAAAAUGAUACAAAUUAAAUUGUACAAAGCAGCAAAGGGUCGUAAAACAACCCAUAAAAUAUUUUUUCACAUUUUUGAUUGGAAGUUUUUCCUCUGCCAGACCCCGAAGAUCUUCGAUCAGUCAGAUCACAGCUGCUCGUAGAAGGUGACUAAGCUUCUUUUAUAUUCAUUUUUUGAGUUUGACUCGUCAAAACUGUGCCUUUAGGAUGUCUCAUGGGCUUUCUUGUUCUUUAGCAGGAUAAACUGAUUGGCAACAGGACUGAGAACGCUGUAAAAGAAAAACACUUUGGAAAGCUGUUCAUAUACAAUCAACAUCAGGUGGAUGUUUGGGAUUAAAUAAAACCCUUGUUAAAAAAAAAAAAA